UAAGAGGGAUAUUGUUCUCCAGAAAAGAAGGAGGGAGGCUGAAGGGUUAAUUUGUGGCCGGGGAAACCUGAUGCUAAUUAAGUCUGAGGAAUGCCACAUACUGACAUUGUGGAGCAGAAAGCCUUCAGAGAGGGUCAGGCAUGGAGCGAGCCGGCAGUAAUGCGCGUGUCUGAGGUUUCCAGCCCGCACUGACAGUCUCACCAAAGCCCGGAGCUGAAGGGAAGAAGAGUCACUGAAGGGGGGAAAGAUGGUUUUAUGGACGCCAGUGCUGCUGGCGCUGCUCUCCUGGGCGUCGCUGCCAAAGCGCGCCGGAGCGGAGAUGUGCCGCGGGACGCACUGCUCCGGCGGGGACGCGGCGGAUCCCAGACCGUGCGCCGGGGAACACUGCCCGGGCGGCAGGUCCAGCAGACCUCCGCGGCACUUCCACCCGAUCACCCCGGGGAAGGCGGGCCAGCAGCAGGCGUACCAGAGCCUCCCGAGGGCGGCGGCGGCGGAGCCCCACGCGCCCGCGCCGCUGCUCCGGUCGCGGCACGGCGGCGGCGGCGGCGCGCGGAUGAGAGCGCCCGAACUGCUACCUGCGGGAUGCGCCGACGCGGACUGCGCCGCUCCGGUGAAGCCGUUUCAGCCCAGCAACGACACCCGAGACUGCAGGGGGAUCGAGUGCAGGCUGCCGCUCAGGAUACGGACCAAACACCGGGCGAAGUCGUGCGCGGGGGAGGGAUGCGCGUCCCCGGAGGAGAGCGUCUCUUCCAGCGGCAGCCAGCUUCCUCCCGUCCAUCUGGCCGACAGAGCCGCGCAGUUUCUGGGAGAUUUUCCGGAGUUUGGACAUCCGUCGCCGGAACUUGGCAGCGCGCCUCUGGGAGUCCAGCUCACAUGUGACAUCAAGCCAGGGGAGAACGAGGUCCCGUCAGAGGACGCCCUCAUUCUGCACCUCCAGCUGGCCAAGGGGCAGGAGAAGCUGGUGGAGGCCCUGCGGACCCAGCAGAGCAUCAUCCGGGACCUGCAGCUGAAGCUGGCCGACCAACAGGAGGCGCUUCUGUCGCAGCAGCGGGAGAUCCUGGAGCAGCAGCGGCGGAUGUACGAGCAGAUGGACGUGGUGAAGGCCCAGUACGGGCUCCUCUCCGACACCGUCAAGCAGGUCUCCUUCCAGGGCCUCCAGGGCGAGCUGCAGAGCUACUUCGAGACUCACCUGGCCGGCCUGCAGAGCCAGGCCCGCAGCCACCUGCAGAAGUCCUACGCCGUCCACAAAAUGGACAUCGACUCCAAGGUGAUGGACGUGGUCGGGGAGGCUCACUUCCCCCAGCCGCUGCUGGGAUGCCCUUCGCCCUGCGGAUCGGAGGAGUACUGUGAUUUCCAGAGGGACCCCCCUCAGUGUGAGAAGUGCACCAUGUGUCCGCCAGGCUUCUUCCUGAUCUCACAGUGCUCCCCCACCGCCGACAGAAUGUGCCAGGACAGAGACGAGUGUCUGGAGUUACCAAAUGUCUGUGGAGAGCGAGUGAAGUGCCUGAAUACCCCAGGUGGAUUCAGGUGCCUGGGAGCUCCUGAGAGAGAGGCAGUGCUGGGUUUGUGUGGUCAGGAAUAUUUCUACAACCAGGAGCUGCAGGAGUGCCAGGCCUGCUCGGACUGCGGCGGUGAAUCUGUCACCGUGCCGUGCACGGCCAUCAGCGACGCCGUCUGCGGUCAGCCUCAGGAGAGCCGCCUCUCGCAGUCCUGGUCUGCGAACGCGGCGGUCCCGCCUGCGAGGACGCCCGGCGCUCAUAUUUUCCCCGGACUGCAGCUGACGAUACGAGGCAAGGAGAGCAGCGAUCUGCUGUCCAACGAGGCGGGGCGGGUGACCUUCCUGCAGCACGGCCUGGUGUGGCUGGAUCACAACUUUGCAAUCAAGCACAGCUGCAGGAACUUCCUCCAGGUGGGGAUGAGGCUCAACGCGAGCCAGGAGGAGGAGGGUCAGGACCUCAGCGGCGUUCGCAUCGAGCAGCCAGAUGGAAAGUACUUCCAGGGGGUGAGCGUCAGCACCGGGGUGGAGGUGGAGCCCAACCACACCUUCACGCUGCUGCUGAGGAGCCCCAACCAGCACUGCAAUCAGAGCAAGGACAUCCACGUCUACGACGUGGCGGCGCCGUCUCUCAGCCUGCUCUGGCUGUCGCACGACACCGGCGCCGUCGCCAUGACGGCUCAGAUGUCUCUGCUGGCGCACUACCAGACCAGCUACCGCCCCACUUUCCGCGUGACCUCGGUCUCCGACCCCUACAUGAUCAACCUGUCGCACGACAGCCGCGGCGUUCGCUUCACCGAGAGCGGGGUGGUGAAGUUCGUCCUGCAGCAGGCGCUGUACUCCAUGGGCCACACCUGCGUCCGAGAGGGGUUCUCCCUCAUCGCCUACACCAACCGCAACGGCACCGGCCAGGAGGCCAUGCAGGCCUUCAAGACCGGCGUGAACUACAGGGACACGUCCAUCACGCUCUCCGGAGCGGUGAGCGUCGAGAGCGCAGACAUGCUGAGCUUCGAGGUCACGUCCCCGUCGCAGUGCAACAUCCGCUACUUCGGCGACAGCACCGGAAUCAGCACGCUGAGCCUCAUCUGGAUUCCCUCCGCCGUCUCCUCGGCCCUGACGGCCACCGUGUCCCGGACCGGGCUGCCGUUCGGCGCGGUCAGGAACAAGCCGCUGCUGUUCCAGCAGGUCGGCCCGGACACGCCUCAGGUGCGCCUGGCCCGCCCGGGAGAGCCCGGCAGCCGCAAGAACUUCGUGUUCCACGAGAAGGGGACGGCCAGCAUCGCCCUCAACCUCAAGCUGAUCCACUCCUGUAACGUCGUCAAGCUCAGCGUGCAGCGGGCGGGGGGGCAGGGCAGGCAGGCGGGUCCUGUCGCUCAGCAGGUGUCCGGGUCCAUGCCUGAAGGCAGCGAGUGGGCCAGCAUAGGACUCAGGGCCUCCUUUCAGGUCCAGAACGGCACCGCUUUUUACGUCACUCUGGACUGCAUCCGCGGCCGGGUGAACCAGAUCACACACGAGGGCGGCACCAACAUCUCAGUCCUCUGGGUCGCAGUGUGAUCCAGGAAGAGGUGGAGCUUUUCUCAUGAGAACAUUUGAAAGGAAAACAGAACAAAGACUUUUGCACAAACUUGAAUUGCUGAGCAGAUUCAGAUUUGACCAAAAUAUGGUGGAAUAUUGGCUGAUGAUCAAUUAAUCCUCAUUCUCUGUCACGUCAUCGUCUUAAUUGUAUAUUUCUUUACAUUUUAGGACUUUCGGGGGGAAAUAUCUGGGGGAAACAUUCUAAAAGUACUGCUUUUGCUUGAAGUACUUCGGCUGGUUGAGCAGUGACCAAUUCUUCGUGAUGUGUGUGUGUGCGUGCGUGUGUGUGAGUGUGUGUGUGUACAUAAAUAUGCAGUGGUGCUUCAGUAUGUUUGUGCAUUAUGUACACACAUUUUGGCAUGCCUACUUACAGUACGUGUACGAAUCCAUGUAUGAGUCAGUUAAUGUGUAUAUCCCUCCAUCCCUGCAUAUAUUUAAAUAUGUAACGAGCAGUUUUUAUACUCUUGAUGAGACUUUAAAGCCGUUGUCUGACAGUUUGGGAAACAGGCGUUCAGGAUUAGAGGUGCAUUGGUGAAUUAACGCUCAUCGUGAGCGCCACCGCACUGGAGCGUAAACAGCAUGUCACCAGAGCACAAGCCAGGGGUGGGCAGGUCUGAACAGUCUCGCUGCUGAAGCAGAUGAAGAGAUAUGUGCUUAAAAUAAACAUCUGGUUAAAGUACUGCUCCACGUUUACUCAUGUAAAAAAAGCAUACUGUGAUGAUAAAAGUACAUUUCAGCCAUUUUUUUUUACUCUACUUGUGGAUAGUAUCCAGCAUUUCUCUUAAAAGUACACAUUGUAAAAUUUGAUGAUGCACUACUUUUAUGCAUUAGAUGGAAAUAAUUGGUCACUUUAAUAUCCAGUCUGUCUUUUCGCAGUUUGUUUUUUAAUCUGUUAGAACCCAGAGCUGCAGUGUGUGUGUUUUCUAACCAACCUGUCAUUAUUCAGACUGGACACAGAUGCUGGAGGUGGUUUGAGGUUUCUUAAUAUGUACAAUAAAAGAGAUUUAUGUCAGUAGAAUUACAUAAUUUCUGUUAUUUUACUGGCUUAUUUCUUAAUUUAAUUUUAAAAGAAAAGCAAUAUUAGCAGUUGCUGCCCCACUCAUUUGAAAUGCAGUCAGUCUACAUCUUAUCACAAUGAGGUGAAAAUGAUUAACUACAUUGAAAAGAAUUUAUUUAAAAUGCAAGGAGUGUUAAAAAAAAAAAAAAGCAAUUUUUUUGACCCAAGAGAAGUGAAACUGAAGAGGGUGAAAGUAGAACCCGGUAAGAAAACCCACCUGCUGAAGUGCAGCACAGAUACCUGAGAAGUCUGCUUACGCACAUGAAGCUGUCUCACUGUGUUCCCUUCCACCUCUGGCAUCAGCAGCUGCUUCGGCUCUGCAGACCGAGGAUGUGCACGCUAUUAAAUCGUGGCUCACCCGCUGUUUUAUGCAGAGGAAAAUUGACUUUAAGAAGCAUGGAAAUAUGUUUUAGACUUUGCUGGAGGAGUUUGGCUUUCUACCAGUGACGUCCUGGUGUCGAAAGAACCACCUGGGACUCAUUCCCAGCAGAGGAAGACACUUUAAAAGCAGCUAAGUGACACUAAAAACUUCUUUUUUUGGUACAAACACACAGGUUUUACAAUGCAAACAGUUGAGCUGGAAGGUUUUCUACGGACACAAGCCAGCUGUUUCAGCACAAUUCCCAAACUGUCAGAGUACUUCUUUACAGUCUGUUGAGUUUGUUUCACUCAUGCAAUGUAACCUUUAAGCAGGAAUUUUGAUAUUUGGUGUUUUUGAUGGUAUUUAUUUUAUAAAACAGGACUUUUAUAUUUCACUAUAGAAUACAUGUGCGUCUCGACAGUGUUGAUAUUCUGAAACAUGCAGCUGCAGCUUCUCUCCGGUGUUUCUUUGCACACGUAUAGCUUGGCGUGGGACUGUGGCGCGUUUCAAACUUCAUGCUUUGCUAUGCUUCUCUCGAAAUGCAGUUUCCCUGUGAAGGGCUGCCCAUGCAUGUCUUCCCUAAUUGCCUCUGUGUGUGUUCUGUCCUCUGAACAAUUAGACAUAAUUAAGUGUUUCGGAGAGCUGGCAGCGAGGCCGCCGCUGAAGUCCUCUCGCUGGACUUUUCCUCACUUUGUUGCGCUUUUUCAGACGUUGUGGGUGUCGCCGGACUCCCUGUACGCUUCCCGUGGAACGUCAGUGUAUGCAUUCUUGUUCAACGCUGAAUAAAAUAUACAUAUAUUUUGCCAGAAAGAGGAAUUUCAUUCUGUCUUAGUUAUUUUGUUGCAUUUAUCUGGCAAGAAACAUGUUUACAGUUUUCAAGGAUUCUGAUUCAGAUCUUUUACUGGAAAAUGUAGAGGGGGAAAUAUGUUUUUUAAAAUACUCAGAUAUGUGUAAAUGUGGCCAAAGACAUGGCAGAUAUUUCACAGGAUUGUCGGAUGAUUUGAGU